GUAGGUUCUUCAGAUGUUGCCAUGGAUGGUAAUGGAACAGGUGAAAGUAAUGAUCCGAAACACCAUGCUGCUUGUUGGAGGGUUAGUGGCCCUGCAAGGAGAUCCUCGAGGGGAAGGUGGACAGAGGAAGAGGAUAAAAUUUUACAAGAUGCAGUUCAAAGAUUUAAUGGUAAAUGCUGGAAAAAAAUAGCCAAGUGUCUUCCUGAUCGAACAGAUGUCCAGUGCUUGCAUCGCUGGCAGAAAGUUCUCAAUCCAGAACUUGUUAAAGGGCCUUGGACUAAGGAGGAAGAUGAUCUUAUUGUUGAGUUGGUAGGCAAACAAGGUAACAAAAAGUGGUCUGAAAUAGCUAAACAACUUCCAGGACGUAUAGGAAAGCAGUGUCGUGAAAGGUGGCACAACCAUUUGAAUCCAGAAAUUAACAAAAAUGCAUGGACCAGGGAGGAGGAAUUGAUUCUUAUUGAAGCUCAUUCAGCAUAUGGGAAUAGAUGGGCUGAAAUUGCAAAAUGUCUAAGUGGAAGGUCAGAGAACUCAAUAAAGAAUCACUGGAACUGUUCGUUGAAGAAGAAACUGGAACAAAAUUCAUCCUAUUCUGUUUUUGAUCAUCCUGAAUUUGCUGAUCCCACUCCCUGCAGUUCUAAGACAGAAGUCGGAUAUGGAGGGGACUUGAUGGUAAAACAGAGCUCAGGUGCAGGAUUAUUGGCGAUCCAGAACAUGAACAGUGAAGCGAUUUCAGAUGCUUGUUCUCUGGACUUAAAUCUUGGACUUCCUAAUGGAAGAGAUAGUUAUCUUCAAGAUUCUAAAAGAGAAAAUUGUAGACACCCAAGCAGGCAGGCAAGUAAUUCAAUUGAACCUUCAUCCCCGGCUUGUACAGAGAUUAUACAGAACCAAGAUAAGGGUGGUCAUGCUAUUUUAGGUGAUCAUUAUCAUAUUAUUCCUCGACUGUCCAAAAUUUCGUCUAAUGGUUUUGUCACUGAACAUGUUAAUGCACAAUCCACAUGCUACAAGGAUGGGCAUCUCAUGAAUUGCCCAUCCCAGGGUUCUCCCUGUCUACAUUUGCACCAGCAUUUGAAGCAAGCCUGGGGUGCUGAUGGUGAUAAUAACACUAUUGUAAUUGGUGGUAACGUUUUUGCUGUAAGUUCUGAUAUGAAAUAUGGAUGUCCACUUUCUAGGGACUGCAGAGAUUUCAGCUAUAUGGGCCAUUCUAAGAGUUCCCAUUCAAUCGUUCCAAAAGACGUAGUUAGUGAGCAUAGUACUAUUAGCAGAAUGUACAAAAACUUUGUUGGAGGAAGCUACUAUGGGUUGUGCUAUGAGCCACUCCAGGAGAAGGAUCUCAAGGUUUUCCUUUCAACUGGUAGAUUUCCUAGUACUGACAGCUAUAUUAGGCAGCCAUCAACUUCUACUACCCUCAUGAAACCAUAUAUUCUUGAAAAGAGAUCAUAUGUUGUUAGUAGUACAAAGUCCAUAUUAAGGAGGGCAGCGAUGACUUUUAAAAAUACACCAUCUAUUAUAAGAAAACGAAAGUUUCCAAGCUCCUUUCAAGCUAGCAAUUCCAAAAACAUGGAUAAAUUUCUCACGACUGUUGAGGGACUUGAUUCUUACAAUGAGAGGUUGCCAGGAUCACAUGAGUUUCCACCUGCUGGUGGAGAUAACCAACUUCCAUUGUUGAGGGAACUGUAUGCUUCACAAAGGAUGCGGAAGUUAAAAAUUUCUUCUGGCAUAAGUUCUGUGGGGAAAUGCUUGAAAGAUGCCUUUGAUGAUGUAUGGGAUAAAAGAAAGUCCUAAUACGAGCAUUUUGGCUGAUUUUAAUUUCUCUUUGUUAAUCAUGAAUGAGAUAGCUUACCUGGCUCCUUAUUCUUCUGGAAUUGUAUACCUGUAGUCAGAAGAUUAAUCCAAGAUUUCUACUCAGUCAGCACAGGACCUUUGCACAUUGGACUUUUUGGGAGCUUAACAUAAAUUGAGAAUAGAAAACAGCAGGCUAUAUACAACAUACUCUGUGUGAUUCAGGGAUAUAAGCAGCACAGCUUUCUUUGCAUGAGUUGGAGAAUGCAAGAGGAGUAAAAUUACAAAAGAAAAUUUGCUGAUUGAGAGCUAAUACAAAAAUCUUUUAGCUUUUGAUCUUCCUGACCGAGAUACUCGUCUUCCUCAUUUAGACACACAGGAUGGAUACUCCUCUUCUUUUUUUCUUUUUUUUUUUUAAAACAAAAAAAAACCAUUUUCUGUUAAAGUGUGAGCCAGGUAUUACUGCAUAACUGAUGAAGGCAACUGAAAGAGGGGGUGAACUUAUGAAUGAUUCAGGUUUUCUCAUUCAUCUUUUGAACAGUUUAUCACCUAUGCCUGAUCCCGAGUGCUAUCCAGUUUUCAGCAGAUUUGAGUGGGACAGGCAAGCUUAAAACACAAAUUGAUACAUUUCCCUCUGAAAAUAUUACAUAUGUUUACUUGAAAGUCUUCAAGGCACUCGGUGGCAUUUUGCGAAGGAUAGUCAUCAAUUUGUCCUUUUAAAUCAACACUUGAUUUAUGCUUUUGUUUAGGACAGAAAGUGAUAAGACUUGGAAGAGUUAGAACUGAGGACAAAAGUGCAUGUUACAAUGAAAGUUUAUGUCAGAAAAGAAGAACUUCCAUGGUUCCGAAAUGCUGUAGUUUGUUUUGUACAGGACUU